GGUCCUCCCCACUUCCUGCCGCACUUGCACUCCGCCGCCGUCAUGCCGCCCUACACCAUCGUCUACUUCCCGACCCGAGGGCGCUGCGAGGCCCUGCGCAUGCUGUUGGCCGACCAGGGCCAGAGCUGGAAGGAGGAGGUGGUGACCAAGGAGUCCUGGUUGCAGGGCCCACUCAAGGCCUCCUGUCUGUACGGGCAGCUCCCCAAGUUCCAGGAUGGAGACCUCAUUCUGUACCAGUCCAAUGCCAUCCUGCGACACCUGGGCCGCUCCUUUGGGCUCUACGGCAAAGACCAGCGAGAGGCGGCGCUGGUGGACAUGGUGAAUGACGGUGUGGAGGACCUCCGCAGGCACUGCAGCCGCAUCAUUCAUCGCGGCCACGUGAGCAGGCCGGGCUUGCACUCAGGGCCGGCGCUGGGGGGCUGCCCGGGCCGCCACGGGCAGCGCUCCCUUUCACAGGAGGAGGACAAGGCCCAGUAUGUUCUGGAGCUGCCGGGGCACCUGAAGCCUUUUGAGAGCCUGCUGUCCCAGAACCGAGGGGGGCAGGCCUUCAUCGUGGGCGACCAGAUCUCCUUCGCAGACUACAACCUGCUGGACCUGCUGCUGAGUCACCAGGUCCUGGUCCCCGGCUGCCUGGAAUCCUUCCCCCUGCUCUCGGCCUACGUGGCCCGCCUCAGCGCCCGGCCCAAGCUGCAGGCCUUCCUGGCCUCCCCGGAGCACGUGAACCGCCCCGUCUUUGGAAGCCGCAAGAUAUGAACCCGCUUGGCCUCCCCUGGCAGACGGGCUGCCCUUGGGACCAAUAAACACGGAUUUGGAACCAAUCUCCUACCCCUUGAGUAUGACUGGACUUAGUGACCUGUUUCUAAUCACAUGUGUGGAAGAGAUGGUUGUGGGAUGUGCAGGACGAGGUCGUGGAAGGUUCUGUGGCUUGCUCCUGACUCCCGCUCUUGGGUCACCAGACACCCAUCGUGAAGACACUCAAGCAGCCCUGGUGAUAAGGAACUGAGGCUUCGUGCCAAAGCCAGCACUAAAUCACCAUCCAUGUGAGCAAACUGUCUA